AUGGAACGCAUGUCGAGAGUUGUUGUACGUUUUUUAGGUCGCGAAUAUCCUCGCGAUCUUCUCAUUUCACGCCUUUUCUAUCUUUGCUUUUUCGCUUCAUUUGGAUCACUUUUUCCACUUCUCGCUAUUUAUUUCAAGCAAUUAGGUAUGAAUGCAACACAAGCGGGAAUUUUACUCGGUAUUCGACCAAUUGUCGAAUUUACUGCACGUCCAUUUUGGAGUAGUUUUGCAGAUCGCUUUCGUAAGGGCAAAUUAUUGCUAAUGUUCUCGUUAGCAUCUUUUAUCGUAUCGAUAUUAGCGAUUGGUUUCGUACAACCGUUAACUCCAUAUUGUGUUGUAAAACCUAUAAAUUCAACAAAUGGAUGCUUUUAUUUGGAACAAGCAAGUCAAAUCGUUCGAGGUGGUGCACUUGGAUAUUUGAAGGAAGCGGCUGGAAUCGGAAGAAAGAAACGACAAGCAUCACAAAUAUUCGAUACAGUAGUCGAUCUAAGUUCAUAUGAUAAGGAACGUGACACGGUACCUGGGAUCGCUCCGGAACUAAUCACCAAAGAUAAAAUAUGCAAUUAUGAUGAAGCAAUUUAUGGUGUUCUAGUGAGUCCACCACAUAGUACAAGAGUAUAUCGUAAGCCAGCUGUUGAACAGGUAUUUCUUCUCUUAUUUUUACUUGUCAUAUUGGGCGAAUUCUUCAGUUCACCUGGUCUUGCAUUAGCCGAUAGUGUUAUAUUGUCGUAUGUUGCUGACGAGCCUAAAAAGUUUGGCUUAAUUCGACUAUGUGGAAGUAUCGGAUGGGGCUUGGCAAUGUUUAUAAUGGGCAUUGGAUUGGACUAUUCAGAAACGUUUCAUAAUCAUCCAUGUCCAACAAAAAAUACAACUGAGAAAAAUUACAUACUUUGCUUUGUUACUUGUUCACUUUUCAUGGUAGCAGCUAUGCUUAUUGCGACACAAUUUCGAUUUGGCUCGGAGCAACGUCCAGAUGAAGCAGCUUGUGCGGUUAUUGAGACGAGGAAUGAUGAAGUAUCAGCGGCUGUCGCUGAAAAAGCUAGAACAAAACAAAUACAGACUGAACAUUCGGAAGGAUCCUUAUUGCUGGCAACAAUAAAAAUGUUGAUCCAUGGCCACGCAGCUGUUUAUUUACUAUCGGUAACAACCAUUGGAUUUGGUGCAGGAAUAAUUUUUACAUUUCUUUUCUGGCACCUUCAAGACUUUGGUGGAUCACCAAUUCUUUUUGGAGUAGCAUCGGUGAUCAAUCAUGGAUCAGAAAUUGCUGCUUAUUUUUAUUGCUUUCAAUUUAUAAACAAAUUCGGACAUGUUAAAAUAAUGUACAUAUGCUUAGCUGCCAAUGUUAUUCGCUUUUUUGUCAUCAGCUUACUAACAAAUCCUUGGAUGGUACUUCCUUUCCAAGCGAUGCAAGGAGUUACAUUAGCAACAGUUUGGGCAUCCGCAUCGUCGUAUAUCUCACUAAUUGCUCCAUCACAACUAAAAACGACUGCUUUAACAAUACUUAUGGUCUUAUAUCAUGGUAUUGGCAAAGGCUUUGGCAGUAUUAUCGGUGGCUUCAUUAUUGCAAAUGUUGGAACACGAACAAUGUUCCAACUCUAUUCAAUAAUAGCAAUUCUUGUAUUAGGUAUUAAUUACGGCCUCAAUCGAAUGUUUAAUUACGGCGGUUUUAAAUAUAGCCAGAAUGCUUUCGAAGACGAUGAAUUGCCUGGGGCAUUAGCUCCACAAGGAAUUCCAUUGCACCAUGGUGAGAGUAAACUAAUCGAUGCAUUUAAUCAAACAACGGUAGCAAAUACGAAUUAUGGUACAAUAACGACCGAGGAUCCGACGCAAGAAGCCUAUGACCGAUACGUUAAAAACCCAUAUGAUUAG